AAAGAAGUACUAACGUAACGGUAAAGUCAUGCUGCAAAUAUGGGGCUCAGCUGCUGGGAACAAUGGUGUAAUUUCUGCGUGGGUCAGUUGCUGAUGUCACGCGUGUUAAAUGCCAGCAGUAGAUUUAUGGGGUGUACGGGUACUAUUGCAUCAAACAUGGCAAAGUCCGGAAUUUACACGCAGUUUUGACCGGAGGAAAAAUCCAAUAAAGAAGUGGACCAUUGCAAGGUAGUGAUUCACUGUCAUCUCAUGAAUGAAGUGACAAGGAUACCUGUGCAUUACCUCAAGUGCACUUCUUGGAGUUCAUAUUGUAGGCUUAUUGUUUAACAUCGCUGCUUAUCACCAUGACCAAAGACAACAAAAAGGGGACCAAGCCACCUAAACACUGGAGCCAAUAUAUCCAUGAGAUUGUAGUUUCUCCAACGGAUGAUGGCAGUCCCAAUUUCACUGUUAGAGGCGGAGCUGAGAAUGGGCUGUUCCCCUACAUUGCAGAUGUCCGCAGCGACAGGAUUCUGGUACGUUCGGGCAAACUGCAUACAGAUGAUUUAUUGAUUGAGUUGAAUGGGCACAAACUACCUGGGUUUACAUUGUGGGACAUCGAGGCUCUUCUGGCACAUAUUGGCCGUGCACCUUUGCACCUGAAAACAGUCAAACAAGGUCAAACACUGAAUAAAGACCUACGCCGAUAUCUCAACAUGCGUUUUCAGAAGGGUUCGGUGGACCAUGACUUACAACAAACCAUCCGUGAAAACCUCUACGUUCGUACUGUGCCUUGUACAACAAGAGCUCCCCGAGAAGGAGAAGUAGAUGGAGUGGACUAUAAAUUCCUCUCUGUGGAUGAGUUUAUGGCUCUGGAGAAGAGUGGACAUCUUUUAGAAAGUGGUGUGUUUGAUGGCAACCAUUAUGGUACCCCCAAACCACCUGCCAAGCCACCCCCAGCCCAAUCCCCUACGUCAUCUUCCUCUCCACCACCCCCAGUUCAGCAUCCCCAGCAGAAUAACUCCUCCAGCACCAGUCCAAAGAGGUCAGCCGUCCACCGGCCUGGCGCCAAGCCCUCGGCACCUGGUAAACGCCAGAGGAAUAAGUCCACGAUAGAAGCCACCACACUGAACUCUGACCCUCUGGAUGAGGAGGAACAGAGGCGGAGAGAAGAAAUUCAGAGGGCGGAAGAAGAAUUAGGAGACUUACCACUGAAUUGGGAGAUUGCUUUCACUGAUCAAGGAGACAUGUAUUUCAUCAAUCAUGUGACUGAGACUACCCAAUGGCUGGAUCCCAGGCUAGAGCAUAAACCAAUCAAAGACUUAUUGGAUUGUGAUGACGACGGUGAGCACAUUCCUCAUGCUAACUCUGACAACCAGGAACUUCCUUAUGGCUGGGAGAAGAUUGAUGAUCCACAGUUUGGCACCUAUUACAUUGAUCACAUCAACCGCAAGACCCAGUAUGCUAAUCCCGUCUUACAAGCUAAGGAGGAAGCCAGAAAAAAUGACACCAACAAGUCAGAUGGCAGAUACCCGAUGACCCUUCCCAGGUCAGCUAGGAGUAGCCAGAGUUCUUUACAAGCUCCUGCUCCAUCUAGGGCACUCAGUGAUCCUAACAUGCAGGAGAAUGGCCACUCAGCAAGACCACAGCUGUCAACAUCACCCAUCAAGACAACUUCAGAUGCAGAGUGGCGAGCCAUGUUCACCAACGACCCUGACAAGUUGAAAGGUCAAACCAUCAAGACGGUGUUAAAAAAGAGCAAACGUGGGUUUGGUUUCACCAUCGUGGGUGGGGAUGACUGUGAGGAAUUCUUACAGAUUAAGAGCGUGGUGCCAACUGGGCCGGCUGCAUCUGAUGGGAUACUGAAAACAGGUGAUGUUCUUGUGUUUGUCAAAAGUGAUGCCACUCCUGAGCCUGUCAAGGUCUUAGGCUAUACUCAUCAACAAGUUGUGACCUUAUUCCAGGCCAUUAUGCCAGGGGAACAGGUCCACCUUGAGGUUUGCCGUGGUUACCCUCUGCCCUUUGACCCUGAUGACCCCAAUACACACAUUGUUACAUCCUAUGCAAUCUCGCCCUCUUCCAACCAGCCCGGGGUGAAAAUCCCUGGUACCCCGUCAUCAUCAGCUUUCAGAAAGCACAAUAGCAUGCCUUCAGACAAGAUCCACAACAACAUCGGUCCACCGAGUUACAAAGACACAAACAUGACACAUGCUGCAUCGAGACAUCAACACGAGAAUCGAGACACUCCCCCACCCCCACCCAAGAUCUCCUCUGGUCAUCACCGAAACCACCGGAAUGGAGAUUCAGGUUCUAAUCUUUCCCGAGAAGCACAUGUCAAGUCACUGCCUGACCUGACAGCAGCCAAGCCCCAAGAGAUGGAAGUGACUGGUUCCCCACGUGCUAAGACACCAACGUUGUCCUCCAAUCACAAACCGGACUCUUUGACGUUACCCAACAAUGUGAACAGCAGGGGGAGUGUAUCCAGUGAGCAUCCUAGCGAGUCUCCAUCAAGCACUCAGCCUGAGAUUCAUGCCAUUCAGUUUGUGAAAGGAAAUCAAGGCUUUGGGUUUACAGUGGCUGAUAGUCCAUAUGGGCAAAAGGUGAAGCAAAUCCUAGCUCCGGCAAACUGUAAGACACUACGAGAGGGCGACAUUCUGGUAGAGAUCAAUGGGGAGUAUAUUCGGUAUCUACCUCACAACCAAGUUGUUCACAAGCUGAAGGAAUGUCCCUUGGGGGUAGAGACAACCAUUGUGGUGCAACGAGGAGGUAUGCUGAAGCCGGUACGCAACCCCAACAAGAUCAAGCCGGUCAAGACGCCCAAGACACCAGAACCAAGGGACAAAAACGAGGGGCCAAAUCUCAACGAAUUCCGAACUUCAGAAGACCGAGAUAACGUCAAUCAUCGGCCACAUAGUAACGGACCAUACCGAGGUGACAGUUAUUCGAGUGAUGAAUAUGACUCUCGAGACGAAGACCAAGGCAUGAGACAUCAUAGACAUGGUCGGGAGCGGGCAAGUAAAAGCCCCAGGACUGUCAAACGUGAAGAGACGUAUGACCAUGAAGAACGUCACCGAGAUCAUGAAAGAGAAAAGGGUAAAGGCGAACCACGACAUCACUACAGGGAUCAGGACAGGAUCCCCAAUGAGAAUGGACCCAUUCAUGGACACCACAGUGACCACCGGCCACAUGCUGACCAUGACUCUGAUCGCAGCUGGGACAAAGAGGUAGACAGGAAGGCCAAUGACCAUGGCAACCGUCGUGGAGAUCCACGAAGGCAACAUGAAAGAAAUGAUCGCAGAUUGGCUGAGAAUGAACGGCGGUCUACAGAGAGAGAUCGGAGGCCAAAUAGAGACCCAAACAGGCGUAGGGAUGAUCCUGAUCGGCCAGUGGUAGACUAUGAGACUAGGAGCCUAGAACGUAAACGCAGACCGCGUAGUCCUGAGCAUGAUAGACCAGUGUCCCGGCCGGAACGCUCACGGACACCCAAGUAUGACUAUGAUUCCAGGGAGAAUCGGCCACCGCCCAAAUCACCAGGCAUGGAGAGGCAGGGCCAUCCACUCAUUGAAAAUGGGACCAAAUCACUGAGACGGGAUCAGCGAGGUCAUCCAGAGGAUGGUAGAGGUCAGGAAGGUCGAAGAUCAAGACCUGGGGGUGAAAGUGGUACUGGUCCAAGGAGUCGAACUCCCAAGCCACACCAUAGCACCUCCCCUGUCAAUAGGUCUGAUGAUGUGAUUGGGCAGAGACCACCCUCUAGAGCCAAGCAGCCUGCUAAGGCACCUGUUGGCAAUAAUGAGGAUAACUUCAUUGAGACCACUGUGUUCCUGAAGAAACUAGACAAUGGUUUUGGCUUCAGAAUAGUUGGUGGACGUGAAGAACAAUCUCAGGUUGCCAUUGGAAAUAUUGUACCCAAUGGUGCUGCUGACUUGGAUGGUCGCUUAGUUACCGGUGAUGAACUUCUGUAUAUUGAUGGCCAGUCAGUGAUUGGCUCAUCUCAUCAGGAAGUGGUGAAUCUGAUGGUGAAAGCUUCACAGGCUGGGCGUGUGUCACUUGGAAUAAGGAGAAAGAUUUCUCCGUCUGCUAGUGAACCAAUGGGUAAGAACCCUGUUGAUAGACGGCCGUUCUCUGAACCUCCUCCCCCAAAUAGUCCUAGCAGCCCAACAAGACCCAAUGCUGUUACCUUCCCCUAUGAUGUCACCAUACAUCGUAGAGCCAGUGAGGGCUUUGGAUUGGUUAUUCUCUCGUCGACACUCACCUCUGGCUCCAAGAUAGGUCGUAUCAUCAAGGGUAGUCCAACCGAUCGAUGUGGCAAAGUAAAAGUUGGUGAUAGGCUGAUAGCAGUCAACAAAGUGGACAUCAUGAAUAUGCAUCACAAAGAUAUCGUCAACAUGAUCAAAGAUGCAGGGUUGAGUGUCACAUUAACGAUAGGACCACCAGAAGACCCAGUUGCUGGUAAUUCUCCAAAAGCUCAUGAUAGCAUGACUAAUGCCCUGGCUAUGCCAGCACACAUUAAGAGCAGUGAUACCAGUCUACUUCCAAGGGACAGUUUUAGAGAGGGACCACAAUCACCUGUAACACCGACAGCUGAUUUAUACAGUCAUCAACAUGAGCCUCAGUACCCUACAGCCCAAAGAUGGCGCCCUCCGUCGGUACCAGUGCGAGCAGACAACCGUGACCAUGUGUCAUCCUCUCGAAGCACCCCUCAGCCAAACUACAACCAACGUAGCCCAACCUCCUAUAAUCCCCACCCUUACCAACAGCAUCAGCAGUCUUCAGUGCCUUAUAGUGAGUCCUCUAGGGACACCUACACUAGAUCCGCUGAUUACCCAACUGAGCCUUAUCCUACUGACAGACAUCCACACCAGUAUCCACAACCCGUGGAUUCCUAUCCUGCUCCACACCAUCCACAGCAUCAGCAUGCUGCCUACAGACGGACGCAAGAGCCUAGCAUGCCACCAAACCAUGGGAUGUUUGAUGAUCAACCUGAGAUUGAGCCUGGUGAUUACUAUGCUGUAGACUUAGAGCGAGGUACCAUGGGCUUUGGGUUUAGUAUACGCGGGGGACGUGAGUUUCAGAACACACCGCUGUUUGUGCUACGUAUGGCUGAGGAGGGUCCUGCAGCUCGGAAUGGUCUAGUCCGGGUUGGUGAUCAGAUCAUUGAAAUCAAUGGUCACAGUACUGAUGGCAUGUUGCAUUCAGAGGCUAUUGACGUCAUCAGGAGAGGAGGUAAUAGGGUACGUCUCCUGCUUCGUAGGGCUGGACCACCCCCUGCUUCAGAUGGAGCUAGAGAGGGAAUGUUCAAGACAGGUUCCAACUCGUCUCUUCGGAGUGCAGACCAAGCAUUUUACAAGCACCACUAUCCUGACCAUCAUCAUCAGUCUAAAGGUUCUAGUCACCAGGUGGAGCCUUUUGACAGUUGGUCUUACCGUAGCCUUCCUAGAGGGAUGAGGUACUAGCUAUUAGAUGGAGCCCCAUGCAAUAGCUGGUCUUACUGUAGCCUUCCUAAGGGUAAGGGUACUAGCUAUCAGAUGGAUCCCUUAAACAGCAGGUCUUAAUGUAGCCUUCCUUGGGGGUUGAGGUACUAGCUGUGGGAUGGAGUCCUUUAACAGUAGGUGUUACUGUGGCCUUCACAGGGGGUUGAGUUUCUGGCUAUGGGAUGGAGCCCUUUAAGGGCUGGUCGUACCCUAGCCUUUCCAUGGGGGAUAAGGUACUAAUCAAGGGAUGGCAAGGGAUGGAGCCUUUUGACAGCUGGUUGGGCUGAUGGAGUUUUGACAGCUCCCUAUGGUUCAAGUAUGCUGACAGCAGCACCCCAGGUGAAGGUCCAUAUAAUUUGUAAGGUUGUUCUGGUAAGCUUGUUGGUCAUUAGCCUGUAAACUGUUGGUGGGAGAUUGUCAACAGGUGUACUGCAGUCUCAAAAAAUUAACCAUUAAAUUAGAGGUAAAUUUUCCUGCAGACAAUAUCUUUAAUAAUGUCAUUGUCAACAUCUUAUCUUCUGCCCUUUUUAUUUUUCCCACAUCAAUACAUGUACUUGUCUUUGAAAACUUAAUGGCCUGGUUUUAGGGAUCACAUGCUAGCAUAAGCCAGUUCUUCAAGGAACUGUGGAUGACACUAGUUAUUCCACUUAGCUGCUGUAAAUUGUGCUUAAAUUAAUUACAACCCCUGCAUUGUGGGCAUUUCUUAUGGUACCUGUUGUCUUAAAUAUAUCACCUCCCAAAAACUUGUUUGAUAUUGGAAAAAAAUUACUGCAUAUGCUGUCAGUUGAAGAAUCCAUGAGUUGUCAAUUUUGAGGGAAAAAGUCAAUAUGUUUUUGAAAACCAAAACCUUUGCCAAGGUACCUCUUUACAACCAUUAUUGUUUAACAUUUGCUUGGUAACCACACAACAGUUUCCUUCAGACUUUGAAGACUUUGCCUACAAUGUGACAUAUGCUGUAUUCAGAGAUGAAUUUUGUAUGUAUUGUAACUUUUUGAACUAAAAGUGUGUUCAAAAAACUAAAAUGGUCCCAUACAUGUAAGUAUUUUUUUAAGUGUGUGUUUCAUUCAUUUUUAAAAUUUCAAUGUUAAACACAUUUUAAAAAUUUCUUGGCCACGGCAGUCAGGAUUUACUAAUUUGUUGUCUUUUUUACACAUCUAUAUUUUGUGGACACAAUAUUCUUUAUGGUUUCUUGGGGCCAACAAAUAAUCAAACAAAAAGUAAGCUUUGGGCUCCUCUUCGUUAUUGAAGUAACCCUGAUAAAUAUUUUUUGAAACCAUCUUUUAGGUGUGGGAUGUUUGUAAUUAAAUACUUGAAAUGAAGUUUGUCAAGUUUCUCUUUUUUUCUUUUUUUUUACUGGCAAGGAAACAGUCCAGAUUAAACCAAUGUUAACAGUGAUGUUCAUUUGAGGAUUGAAAGACCUGUUUUUUGUACAUGAAGAUACAUACGUAUUUGGAUGUCUUACUGCAUGGCUUGCCUUCAUGGUCUCAUGUGUUACUACUUUGACCAUGCAUUUUGUACAGUAUUGGUUGUGGGCAUGCACAAUUGAGGGCAGUGUUCAGCCUACUCACCAGUGGCACGAAGGCAUGUGUUGAUGGCAUACCAGCUUACAAAUGCCAAAUCAUGCCUCGCUGACCAACAGCAUAUUUUGCACACAAGUGAUUGUUGCUUAGGUUGGCUGAAACCAUUGUAAGGAUGACCCAUUGAUUCUGCUGGAGAAAUGUAUUCAGCUGUAAUCAUUGCUAAGUAAUAACAUUAGAAGCACAGUCAUCCUGCAGUGUAUAUUUGUCAGUGGUACGACUUUGCAUCAGUUUUGUGAACCUAUGUGGUGACAUCUUACAAGUACAUUGUAACGUAACUAAGCAAGCUGGUCCUUGCUUUUCCUGAAGGAAGUAAUGUCAAAGUGCCUUUUUUAGUUGAUUGCUGUGUAGUACUUAGUGUUUGUUAUACAUUUUUUUGAAAGUUACAUUCAAGUGGAUUUAUUUUACGUCAUGUGCUGUUCCCAAAUGUCCACUCGCUAUUGUUUCCUGUACAAGCUGGUAAAUAUAGAUUUCCAUCUUGUUUUAUACUAGUUUAUUCUUUCCAGCCGUCUCAUUUUUGUACAGGAGUCAGUAUCCCUCAACUAAUCAGGGAAAGAAAUGAACUGUACAAACCUGUCUACAACUUGAAAUUCAAAUUGUUUUUAAAAGUAGGUUUUAACAAGUUCAUCAAUUGUAAUUACUGUAUAUAAUUGGACCAUUAAGUACUUUUAUUGACUAAUUUGUAAUCCUUGCAUUGUAUUCAGUAGCAAUAUGUGUAACAGUUUUGUUUUCAGUCAUUUUAAUUGUACAUUUAGUUGAGUUUGAGUCUUUUAGU